CCGCCGCCCGAGCACCCGCUGCUGCUGCUGCCCGGCGCGGAGCUGGCGCGGAGGAUCCGCCGCAGGGAGGUCAAAUGCAUUGAGGUCAUUGAAACUUAUAUUGAGAGGAUCAGACAAGUCAAUCCGCUGAUCAAUGCCGUUGUCAAAGACAGGUUUGAAGCGGCCUUGCAGGAGGCUCAUCAAGUUGACAAGCUGCUCUCCGAGGGGCAUGAUGAUGAAGAGGCUCUGCAGGAAAAGUUUCCCUUCCUGGGAGUCCCCAUCACCAUCAAAGAGGCCUUCGCAAUUCAUGGGUUGCCCAAUACCUCUGGACUGGUGAACCGCCGCAACUUAAUCUCCAUGUCGGAUGCUACGGUGGUGUCUCGGCUAAAGCAAGCCGGUGCCAUCCCCUUGGGUGUGACCAACUGCAGUGAGCUGUGCAUGUGGUUCGAGUCGAGUAACCGUGUCUACGGACGGACCAACAACGCGUACAAUCUGGAGUGCAUUGUGGGAGGCAGCUCUGGAGGAGAAGGGUGCAUCCUGGCAGCUGCUGGCUCUGUGAUUGGCAUUGGCUCGGACAUUGGGGGCAGCAUCCGCAUGCCUGCUUUCUUCAAUGGGAUCUUCGGGCACAAACCCACCACAGGUGUGGUGCCCAACGAUGGCCAGUUCCCCAACGCCUUGGGUAUCCGGACCAACUUCCUCUGCACUGGCCCCAUGUGCCGCUAUGCAGAAGACCUGGAACCCAUGUUGAGGGUCAUGGCUGGACCAAACGUCACAAAGUUGAAGUUGGAUGAAAAGGUAUCCUUACAGAACAUAAAAUUCUAUUUUAUGGAGCAUGAUGGAGGGUCCGUUUUUGUUUCCCCGGUAGACAAAGAGAUUCUUCAGGCACAACGGAAGCUGGUGAAGAACCUGGAGACUGAACUGGGGGUUCAAGUUCAGAAUGUGGCCAUUCAUAAAAUGAAGUAUUCCUUCCAGAUCUGGUCUGUUAUGAUGUCUUUCAAAGACAGUGAUGAACAGCAAAGUCAAGCAUUCACAGAUAUGCUUGGAGACCACGGAAAGCCAGUAUGGCCAUCGUGGGAGUUGGUGAAAUGGAUGGUGGGAAUGUCGUCACACACCCUUCCAGCCAUUGCACUAGGGCUAACCGAGAAGCUUGUGAAAUACAGUCCAAAGACAAAUGCGAAGCUAGCAAGCAUGGCACAGAGCCUGCGGACUGAGAUGGUCAAUUUGCUGGGGGAGGAUGGGGUCCUCCUGUACCCUUCCCACCCGGUGGUAGCGCCCAGACAUCACACUCCUCUGGGGAUGCCUUUCAAUUUUGCUUACACAGCCAUCUUCAACAUACUGGGAUUACCGGUGACCCAGUGUCCCCUGGGCCUGAGCAAGGAGGGCCUGCCCCUGGGCAUCCAGGUGGUGGCAGGGCCCCACAACGACCACUUAACCCUGGCCAUGGCACGCUACCUGGAGAAGUCGUUCGGAGGCUGGGUUCGCCCUGGCACGUGCUAGCGCAGCCCACCCGGGACUGGCAGAAACAUGAAGACCGGCGCUGCCUGUGACCUCUCAGCAGGCGACUGCUUCCGAACGUGCAGGAACUCCUGCGUGUGCCCCUUGGGAGGGCUGAUGAGUCCGUCUGCCACAUUAGGUACACCCUUCCGUGAGGGGCAAAGCUAUUUAGUGUUCUCCCUUUCCAAUUAAAAAUGUCAUAAAAACCUUAGGUGGGCGGAUGCACUCUGCUUUCUCAGGGAUGUCUGGGCUUUUGGGGAGCUCUGGCCAGAGACAAUCACAGUGUGGGCAGAGAUGGGGGGCAGGGGGAGCAUUUCCUGUUCUUGUCCUGGAAAGGCCACUGGUAGACUAGGGAGCAAAGUUCCCUCCUUCAGUUAUUUGUGCAGGUUUCAAGACCAGGCCAGACAGAGGGCAUCAGGAGGAAGUCCUGGAGACGUGUUUUCCUCUUAACAUGUCCUUUGGGAGGCUGGCAGCCCCAGCUUCUUAACAAUUUGCACAGAACGCUGCUGGGCAGGGUAUUCCAUCCUAGCUGCAUUUCUGCAUGGAUUCCUUUUUGAUUUUAUUAAUUGAACAGACAGUACAAUUAACAGAAUAGUAAUAAACAUUAUUGAUCAAUACUAAUAAAUACAAUUGAACAAUACAGUAACAACAGUGCUACCUGCACCAGGAUCAACAAAUCAUGCCACUUAAUGUAAGAGCAUUUAUUUAUUCAGGUUGCCCCGCUCUCACUUCCCUUCCAGAACUACACUGGCUCUUGUGAAGGUUCACACCCCUUCCGUUUAUUAAGUCAUAUUCAAUAAAUGGUCUCCAAAUAUUUUCAAAAUUAUUAUUACCUAUCAAACCUUUUAGCCACUUAAUAUCAGAAGCUAACUUAUUAUUAGCAGCUAUAAUAAGACUCCUUUGUACCAGUCAUCUAUUUGAUAAUCACCUUUUAUUUUCUAAUUCCUUGCUAUUAUUAAUCUUACUGCUGUUUAUAAAUUCGUCAUCAAUUCUUCAAUAUUUUUUCCCUCUUGUUAUCUAAUUAAUGACAAUAAAGCUAAUCCAGCAUCUGCUUCAAUUUUUAAAUUCCAUAUUUUACUAAUUUCUUUGAAAACCAUUUCCCAAAACUCAUUUAUAUAUUUGCACUCCCACCACAUAUGGAAAUAUGAACCCACUUCCUGGUUGCAUCUCCAACAUACGUUGGACUAGUCAUUAUUCAUAUAAUUCAGUUUAACUGGAAAUAAGUACUAUUUUCAAACUAAUUUAUAAAAAUUCUCUUUAAUUCCUACAUAAAUUUUAAAAUUCUCUUAUCUCACAUGUCAUCCCAUUCUUCAGUACUAAUAUUUCCUUUUAAAUCUAUUUCCCAAGACUCUAGGAGGAUCGUAUUGGUCCUCCCCUUCUAGUAAUAUGUUGAAAAUGCUACCUGUCAUUCCUCUGCAUGGAUUCCUGUUCACCUCUGGCACUUCGUCUGGCCCACAGUUGGAAAUGCUUAGGCAAGUUGUUUGGUUCUGCCAAGACGCAGGCUGGCAGACCUUUGACAGGCAUGGUGAACCAAGCUCUUUUGCAAUGUACUUUCCUCCUCUGUCCUGUUCGAACAGCAUCUUGAAGCUGUGAAGAGAGGCUCCUGGUGGAGAGGCCUUCCCUCAACCCUGCGCCCACUGUUGCUGCUGGUUCCACACAAUCCACUUGACAAAUUGCACUAUGUGUUGCUGCACGUGAAACAUAAAGAAGACUUGGAAUGUCUUCUGGCAUCUCAGACAGGUUCUCCGUGUCUAAUUGAAGGCUCCUUUGCCCAGAAUCUCAAUGCUCUUGGUUGCUGUGAAGGACAGAACCAAAAGGUGUUUGAGCUGUAGGGAUGUGUGCAUGGAAAGAAACAACGAUGUUCUUUAUUUAAGAAAGGCUUUAAAGAAAGUCCCAGGAGGCAGUUACAGGAUGGAAAUAUUACCAGAGCUUAUGUCUCAAAUAACGAGCACUUUGCACACCUUUUGUAAUCCUUGCAGCAACCUAGUAGGAUAUGCCGAAAGUAUUCCUAUUGUGGUGGGAUAUGGCACUGAGAUAGAGAGAGGCUUUCUUUAGACUACACAGUGAAUUAAGCACUAAAGGCAAGCUCUAAACUCCUGCAAACUAUUUUGAGUCUUGCUUUUUGUUAUUUAUGAAAAAAACCCAGCACUGAAGCUGUGAAAUGGUGAAUCUGAUUCAUCCCUGUUCUGGCUUCUCAGAUUAUCAAGCAAUAUCUACUCAGUUUUUCUAGCAUAACUUAGCAGCUCUUGCUUUAAAAGAAGAAAGGGAGAACGGAGAUUCCAAUGAUGCUGGAUUUCUGACAGCAUGAAAUUUGUGAAGAUCUGCAUGAAGCCCUGUCCUCACUUCAUCCAGCCUUUAGUUCACAUGGUCAAGAGGGGAUACAUUUCCUUGCUACUGCUCAGAAUUAUUGCACAGAUAGCAUUGUAAGUCUUGUAGUCACAUAACGCUGAAUAUCGAAUGUGUUGAUUAAAUAGUUCAGGAAAAAUGGGACGAGUUCAUGCAGGAUUCUGUGCGUGGACUGACGAUGUGGCAGUAACUUCAGGGUUUCAAGCAGGCUUUCCCAGCAUUAUUUGGAGAUGCCAGGGACUUAACUGCACAUAAAGCCCAGCCCUCUCAUGUCUCACACCGUUUCAGAACACUUCCCUCCACUUCCCCAGUGCAGAACAGCAGUCCUCAACUCUGUUGUCCAUCGUGCAAAAAGAUGUUCUCCGGUUCAGCGGGUGUUCGAUUAUACACUGGAUGAAGUUUACAGUGCAAGCCAAGAAGGGGGUUUGCUUACCCCCCGCAUGGCUGCUUGCAGGCUUGCAGCCUGGUUGUGCUGUGACCCUGGUCUCCACAUGCCUGUUUUCAAGGGAUGUCUCUCAGCAUCUUAGUGGAUGCUUUUGUAGUGCCCUUGUGCAAAAAGUACCGCAGCAGGUUCUGGUGAUGGGAAAUCAAGCAUUUCCCCCCAAUUCCUGCAAGUAGCAAACCUCAGGGAGGUAAUAGAUGUAACCGUUUAUGUAAAUGUGUGCUUUCGGAAGAUGGAAAAGAAGUGUGGUAUGGUUAGAAACUUGUUGCCAAAUUGGGGAGCAAGGCCUGGCUUUCUGUGUUCCUCUAACAGCAGCUCAACAUUCAGAAAGCUGUGGAGGAAGAUUUCUGUGGCAUAUAAAUUAGCAGUACAGUGCGUCUGACCAUCGGCAAGUGUGCAGUCUCAAACCAGAAUUUCUACCCUGCGUAAUUCCCAGUAGGUGCUGGGAAAGGACCCAAAAGUUUGUGGGCACAGAAAAAGUCAAACCAUACGAGCUCAGGAUGCCCAAGAAAGAGGAAAAGUGUUUCAUUUAAAAGUGGACACAGAAUCACCAUAAGGGUAUAAUGUAUAUGGCUAGUUGGAUAUUUAGAAAUAAUGUCUAACAUUUAAAUAGAAAUCCAGUAGAUCUUGCCGUGGGGAAGACUGACCAGCUAACUUACGCACCUGCUCUGUCUACUGUCCACCUGCUACCUGAUGGGAAACUCCAGGGCCCCUGCGGUUUUCUCUGGACAGCGCUUCAGAGCAUUUCUGCAGAGAGAGGACAGUCCUUUGUAAAGAAGACACAUGGCUUUCCUGUAUGAACUUUCCCUGCUCACUGAGAUCAUGAUGGAAGGCCCUUUUGCAGGUGCCCACCCAAUUGCAGAUAAUCGUGAGAUGGCUGCAAAAUGCUCUGCUGAAGCUCAGUUGCAUUUUGGUGCCAGGUGAUGGGUUGUGUUUCUCUGUGUAUGCUUUAAUCCUAAGUGUUUUAAGUAUGAAUCUUUCUGUUUUUACUCUGUUUAGAUAUUGCUGCUUCGGUUUCUGUUAUCCAUAUUUGUGUUAUUCUGCUCUUGUUUUUGAUUAUGUUAUGUAAGCUGCCCUGAGAAGGUUUUUGAAGGGCUGGAUAUGAAGCCUUAAAAUAAAUAAGCAGUGCUGACUGACAA